AUGGCUUGCUUAUUGCCAGCAGUACCAGUUUCACAAACCCAGAACAUAACUGCUGACAAUCUGAAUACGGAAUAUGUAAAAUCAGUUGACUUCGAUAAAGAACGGCGAAAACCGGAAGUUCCACCGCUGGAGAUGGAUAGACGGACAUUUGCAUUGACGUCUGUUACGGACUUUGAAUGGGUUGUGUUGGUGGAUGGGAAGACGAAUGUGGCGAAGAAGGUAGACUCUUCGGCGAUCGCGAAUCUUCUGUUCACUUUGCGGUCAUUCCGUGUGCCGGAAAAUGCGAUGCGGAGGCGAAGAAGACUCAGCACGAAUACGGCACGUACCCCCAACGCACAACGACGCAGCAGCAUCACGCCAAUCGCUUCGGCGUUCUCUGCGCCUCCCGCUGGACAACGCAAAGUCUCGGUCCCACCGGACAGCCCACGUUAUCCCCGACGUACCUCACUGGCAGAAAUCAUGGUCUCCAGAGCCAUCGAACUCGAGGCCUAUUAUCGCUCCUCCGAGACCACAGAACUUGGUCUUCAGCCUGUCAACUGCUGGUUUGCGGAUGAAAUCGCAGAGCUCCCCAAACUCGGCUCAAUCGUGCGCCCGGCGACCUACGGACCUCCACGGCCGGACAGUUCCAAGAUACAAAUCAAAGUAAGUGUGUCAUGUCCUGUCUCUGUGACCUCAGGUUACCAGACGUUAUUCAACGGUGUGCUACACAACGGUGUGCUACACAACGGGGUGUUACACAACGGUGUGUUACACAACGGUGUGUUACACAACGGUGUGUUACACAACGGUGUGUUACACAACGGUGUGUUACACAACGGUGUGUUACACAACGGUGUGUUACACAACGGUGUGCUACACAACGGUGUACUUGUAUGGAUGGUAUCCCGUGUUAUAGGUGGAGAAUGCGAAGCCGUCGGAUUUGAACGAGUUGCGGUGGUUGUUGGGAGAGAUAAUAAAUGUAGAGGGUGCGAGUGCGUUUACGCGUUUCGUGGAGGGACAAAGUUUGACGAAUGUGCAUAUAGUGGUAGAGGAAGGCGCGGUGAAUCCUGA